GUGAAUCAUUUCUAAGUUAUGUCAUAGAAUUCACUGAUAGUAAUGUAUAUUAACAAACAUUUAACAGUGAACAAAUUGGCUUAAAUGAAAAAAGAUUUGGUUGGUAUUGCCAUGAUGAUGAUGUACACAAAAAUUUAAAAAAAUAUGCAUACAUUGUUAUCAGAAAAAUGAAAAAUGUAACCAACCAGCGAUCAGCAACCACCAGUCACCAGCAACUACCACCAACCAGUGAAAAGCAACUACCACCAAAUAUAGACCAGCAACUACCACCAACCAGUGACCAGCAACUACCACCAACUAGUGACCAGCAACUACCACCAACCAGUGACCAGCAACUACCAUCAAAUAGAGACCAGCAACUACCAUCAGCCAGUGACCAGCAACUACCAUCAAAUAGAGACCAGCAACUACCAUCAGCCAGUGACCAGAAACACCAACACGCCUGUUCAAUGUUCAUUAUGCUUAUGGGUUAGAGAAGUAUAUCACAACAUGUAGGUCACGACACAAUCCUCGGUCAUCUAACAAAAUUUCAGGGGUUGCUUAACAAUUUAGAAAUUUUAGGCUGUGGGAAAAAUAGGGGUGGGGG